GGGGAGCGGGAACACCGCCGGCUAACGCUGCCCUGGCCCCCAGCCAGGCCCACCAACGCGGCAGAGCCCCGGAAGGCGUCGGUAGGCUCCGCGGCCGUUCCAGUGGCUCUGUGCACCUCGGCCCACGGCAAACCCCCCGCCCUCAUCACCUGGGACUCCUCCCUGCACGGCAACUUCAACGCCUCCGAGGUGACCCACGAGGACGGCACGGUCACCGUGACCAGCCAGUUCAACGUCGUCCCCACGGCGGCGGCACGGGCUGGGGUGAAGGCCCCUGCUCUGGUUGGUCUCUCAUCAGGCGCUCCCCUUCCCAGGCUCGAGGGGCCACUGCCCCCCACGGUGCAGGUGCAGGGUGACCAGCUGGUGGUACCGUCCGUGGACGCAGCCGUGAACACGACCUUCGUCUGCCAGGUCACCAACAGCGAGGGCACGAGCCGGGUGGAGCAGCUCGUCCUGGUGCGAGAGCACCCCGUGAGGCAGCAGAGCAGCGCCGGGGCCGUGGCUGGGGGUGUCGGUGGGGGGCCCCUACGCUGUCUACGUGUGACCGCCCUGCCGGACAACGGGGCCCCCUACGGCUCCCCCCACCAGCAGCAUAAGGAGGAGGAGGAGCGAGCUGACGAGCUGGGGCCCAUGUUGUGGCUCAAUGCGCCCCCUGGGCACGGUGCUCCCAGGAACUAUGAAGAGGACGACAUGGAGUCGCAGCACGACGGCUCCAUCAUCUCCAAGACAGCUGUCUACGUGUGACCGCCCUGCCGGACAACGGGGCCCCUCGAGAGACAGGGGAGCAGAGAUGGAUUAACUCGGGGCAAGGGGGCUGUGGAAACCCCCUGGGACGUGGCUGGGGGCCGGGGUGGCGGGGG